UGGCGUAGGUGUCCACGCGCUGGGCCCGGGGUCGCGAUGAGCGCCGCCACCGCCGCCACCACCACCGCCGCCGCCGCGCUGCGCUUCUGGGAGCGGGGCCGCAAGGCGGUGUGCGUGGGCAGGAACUACGCGGAGCACGCGAGGGAGCUGAACAACCCCCUGCCCCAGGAGCCCGUGCUCUUCCUCAAGCCGCCCACGGCCUACGUGCGGGAACAGGGCCGCCCUCUGCGGGCUCCAUGGUUCUGCUCGUCGCUGCACCACGAGGUGGAGCUGGGAGUGGUUGUGGGCCGAGCCGGGAGCUGCAUCUCUCAGGCGGCCGCGAUGGAGCACGUGGCAGGCUACGCGCUGUGCCUGGACAUGACGGCGCGGGACACGCAGGAGGCCUGCAAGAGCAAGGGCCUCCCCUGGACUCUCGCUAAAGCCUUCGACGGCUCGUGCCCCGUGAGCGACUUCAUCCCCAAGGAGCGCAUCCCCGACCCCCACGACCUUAACAUCUGGCUCGAGGUGAAUGGGCAGCGGCGGCAAGAUGGCCACACCUCCAACAUGAUCUUCAGCAUUCCAUUCCUCAUCAACUACAUCAGUAGCAUCAUGACUCUAGAGGAGGGGGACCUCAUCCUGACAGGCACCCCUUCGGGGGUGGCGGCCGUGCAGGAGGGGGACGAGCUGGUGGCCGGGAUCAGUGGCGUCGUCACGAUGCGCUUCAGAGUGGCGGCGCGUGCGCCGCGCCCCUGAAGACGCCACGUACAGAGGGGAGUGAAGCUUUUUGGAGACAUUGUUCAGCCCAAUUGAAAAAUGUGGAAUGUGAGAGUUAACUGUUAAACAAUGACCAUCUGUCCUCUGAUUUCAAACUAAUUUAAGAGCUGCCAUGUUUAUGAAUUGUGCAAUUAUGAAAGAAUAUGCAUAACGAUUAAAUGAUUUUCGUUGAUUAUAGGUC